AUGGCUACUGGUGUGGAGUACAUCAAGGGCCUGUGUGAACCUGAGCUAGAAGAAAAGGAGUACUACCCAAAGGACAUGCACUGCAUCUUUGUUGGUGCGCAGAGCCUGUUUCUCAACAGUCUUAUUCAGGAUACGUGUGCUGAUGUAACAGUGCUGGAAAUGGGAUUGCUCAGUAUUAAGGGGGGUGCAGAAGCCGUUGUUAUGGCUCAAAGUCAUGUGCAGCAGUUUGUGAAGCUUUUUGAGAAUAAUGAAAGCUUAUUAAAUGACAAUGAAUCAGAGAUUAAAAAGCAGUUCAGACAAUUCGUAGAAGCACAUGCAGAUAAGUAUACAAUGGAUUUAUUGAUUUUGCCUAGUGCACUAAAAAGAGAACUCCUAGCUCUUACCCAAAGUGAUGUUUCUGAAGGGGAGAUGGAAAUCAUAGAUCUCACAGGCUCUGGAAACCCACGGCAGCUUGAACAGAACAGCACCUCCAAAGUUGUUGCUGCAAACAGAGAUGGAAGGGCAGUUGGGGAGGAAGCGAGAAGCAAUGCUGGCACACCUGUAACUGAGCUUACAAAGCAAAUGGACACUGUGUUUUCUGAUGCUCCUGAAACAAGAUUUGUUCCCAUAAAGGACCCUCUGUUAGAGGCAGUGGCCUUUAAAGAGAGGCAGUCAUGUAAAAGAAGGUCUUCUGAUGAGGAGGAAAGGCUCCCUAAAAAGCAUUUCUCUUUGGAAAAUGAUCAGCAAGUGAAAUCUUCUUUAGACAAGAAUCCUUCAGACUCUGAUGCAGUUAUUGAUCUGAUUUUGGAUAGCUGCAAUGAAUCAGAUGGUCCUACUUACUGCCUUAAAGAAGGUGAUGCUCUCACUGAGGAAAUGGAAUAUAAGAUUCUUGUGAACUUUUUCAAAACAAUGGGAUAUUCCCAAAAUAUUGUAGAAAAAGUUAUCGGUAUCCUAGGACAAUCUGUGGAACCAUUAAUAUUGCUAGAAGAAAUUGAAAAAGAAAAUUUAAAGUUCAAAAAAGAACAUGAACAGUCGUCUCAAAAGCCUAGAACUUUUCCUUUAGGAAAUAAUGUAAAUAAUUCACAAAACCUAGAAGACAAAGGCAUUUCUAGGAAUAAAAGUCCACUUAAAUCCAGCCAUACUUCAAAGGAGACAAAAAAUGAGUAUCACAAAAUAAGAGGUACUCCAGACACACAAGUUGGUGCAGAAGAUAAAAUGCAUCGAUUAGUAUGCAAAUCUUCUUCCCCUCCCAGCAAAAAUUCAGGUCUGUGCUAUAAACAAAGAGAUGUUUAUGGCCCUGGUAAGAAUCACAGCUCAAGGUCAAACAAUAUAGAAACUGAUGGUGAGGUAGCUUUCAGCACUGUGCAAGCUGGAGUUCUAAAGGAUGUUGGCUUUGUAGCCAGAGGGAGCUCAGAUAUACAGCCUAUCUCAAGUAAGAGUAAAAGUGCAUUUCAGCAAAAAUCUGUAGCGCCCUCAACUGUACAGAACAGCCACCCUGUUUCUGAGGAGCAGCUGGGACACUGCAGCUCUUCUCAAGUGAGGCCUCUCCACCAGCGCCUUUCUCAAACCUCACAUUGUGACAAUCCUGUCCCAGACCGGUUACUGUCCUCACAAAAACACUCCUCAAAUCCAGACAGAGACACAGUGGGACCACAUCCAGAUCAUUCAGUUACUGGAGUUCAAAGAUUUUUGGACUCUCUGAAGAAGCCAUACAAACUGGAGUUGAUAAAUGAACCUGGAAAACCAUAUUUAAAACAUAUAAUUAUUGAUGGAAGUAAUGUUGCAAUUUCUCAUGGUCUAAGGAAAUUCUUCUCCUGUCGAGGAAUCGCAAUAGCUGUUGACUACUUUUGGAAACGUGGCCACAGAAAUAUUACUGUGUUUGUUCCACAGUGGAGAACGAGACGUGACCCUUCCAUUACAGAGCAGAAUUUCUUAACACAGCUCGAGGAUGUUGGAAUAUUGUCUUUAACCCCUGCAAGGAUGGUUUUAGGAGCAAGAAUUGCUGCUCAUGAUGACAGGUUUUUAUUACACCUUGCUGCUAAAACUGGAGGUGUUAUUGUGACUAAUGAUAACUUCAGAGAAUUUGUGACGGAAUCAUUUGCCUGGAGAGAAAUUAUUCAGAAAAGGUUGCUCCAGUACACUUUUGCUGGUGACAUAUUUAUGGUUCCUGAUGAUCCUUUGGGAAGAAAUGGACCCAGGUUAGAUGACUUCCUUCGAAGUGAAGGCUGUUCUAGAGAUUCUUGGUUAACACAAAAGGCUUUACAGAGCAGUGGACAAUAUUCUUCUGAGACACCACUUUUCCCCCCUGAAGUGAGCAGUAGCAGUCGACAGCCUGGAGGCAGAGUGCACGAUGAUCGUUCAUCCCCGAGGCUUCCAUGGGAAGAAAACACAGAGCCUUGUCCAGCAAUUCCACCACAGAGAUCUGCCUCAGAAACAGUCCAGCUAAGAGAAGCCCUGAUCAGAAUUUUUCCUGACUAUGAUCAAAGGCAGAAGAUUGAUCGAAUACUAGCUAAUCAUCCAUUCAUGAGAGAUCUUAAUGCACUGUCUGCCAUGGUGCUUGACUGAAUGCUUACACAGCUUUUAUAGCACAACCGCUCUGACUAACGAUUAUCAAUGUGAAGAAAAAUAUCACUUUUAUGUUACUCUGUGAAUAUUAAAACCUAAUUUUAUUUGUAUAAACAAAGAUAUUUUUGUGUAUGUUCUGUUGCUAAUAGAUGCCAGGUUUUGGCAAAUUUGAAACUGCUGCUAUUACAGAUUUGUAAUAAUAUUUUCUAUGGAAAAAACCCAAAUCUUCUGCUUUACUUGAAUUGCUUAUUAAAGCAGUGGGA